GCAAACACUUUUUAUGUUUACGGAUUUCUCCAAAGUCAGUGACAGCUUGAAAAAAUAGGUCUUAUCCUGACGAUUAAGGCCAUUUUCUGCCGGUAUGACACGCAAUCGGUGACAGCAGGACUCGGGAGGGGGCUGACGUAGUGCAGCAGUAAUAAGGACGCAUAGGUUCUUCCAGCAGCAGCAGCGCAAGGUGAUACCAGAGACGCUCACGUUGAUGCCGACUCAACCGCGGCCGAAUUACAUGGAUAUCUUAGCCAGCAGUCACUUCAUUUUGUUCCCAGUCCCUCUCUGAACUCCAGCUCCCUUCACUUCAUCCUGAAAACUUCAGUGAGGGAUCGUUGGAGCGACAGGAUGUUCUCCGCUCUGCAGAAACACACACUGCUCUGCUCCGUUGUAGCAGUGUGUCAGUGUGUGUUGGCACAGGGCUGCGGGUCGCACUACGAAUACGCUCUCGAGGAGUUCUGUCUGGCUAAAUUCAGGCUGGACAUGCAGGAGCUGGAUCAGAAGCAGUGGUGCAGUUGGGAAGACACUGUCGAACUCUAUGGUGAGCUGACAAACUGCACAUACCUGGUGGCCCUGAACAUGGGCUGCUACUGGCCCAACCGAAUGGUUGACGAGUUCUUCAUCCGCGUCCACAGGCACUACUUCCACGACUGCUCGCUGUCCGGGCGACUUCUCAGGGACCCUCCAAACCGCAUCCUGGGUCCUUUUAUUGCUGUGCCCAUCCUGGUUACCCUCAUCAUGACAGCGCUGGUGGUGUGGAGGAGCAAGCGGAGUGAAGGGAUUGUCUAGUGAAGGGAAAUGGGGGUGGGGGUGGGGUCACAAGACUCAAGAAAAGAGGUACUUUCUGUCUCUAAGGCUAUACCGUCUUCACCCUCAGUGACCAAAGGAUCUCUUCUCAUGGGUGUGAAUGUCGGGUGAAAGGGAGACCAGAAUUACUACAUUGUGGACCUGAAGGAGGAGCUGAACAAGACUUAAAUCCAGAUCCUGCGUCAGCACACCAGUGUGAAGCCAUUGCAAUCACAUCUUUGUACAUGGUUGAAAGUCAUUUUCUUAGGUUUACAGAGCAUGAACAUGUUCACCAGAAUUUAAUCUGGACCAGAACAGUGACUGGUGAUAAGAUUAUGUAAAUAUGAUAAUAAUUUUACCUGGGAAAACUGCUUGCAGAGAUUUAGGAUUUGAUGGUGAUCCUGUCACACAAGUAAGAAUUCAACAGCUGUUUUUGAUAACCAUGAAAGACAGUCCCUUCUACAACAUUCAAGUCAGCAGGAAAAAAAUUGAAAUGUUUAAAUAAUAAAGAUACACAGACUUCUGUUAGAGAACCCAGGGAUAGUUAUUUUAUGUGUGUGCAUACAGUAUACUGGAAAUAUAUGUAGAAUGUACAAUUUUGUGAUUCAAUGUAAUGAUUUUGUCUAAUAUAUUGAAAGUACACAAUACUACCUAGUAGAUAGUGUAGAUGGACAACCACUAAGAUAAUGUGGCAGAUGUUCAGUGCAGGUGAGGAUGGUCACUCCACAGCGGUGGAAGCCCUGGUCGGGAUUUGCAGGGACGAUAUUGUGUUUUCAUCCUGUAUCAGCAUGAUAAUUACAAUGUUAAAAAAGACAGAAAUGAUAAUAAAGAGGAGAAAAAUUCCACUGUGGGAAAACCACUAUUUCAGCUAAAGACGAGAUGAAGGAGUGGGGUAAGUUAACCAAUGCUCAGCUCUACCAAGAACUGCCACGGCCCAAAUCACAUUUUGCGUAUCACAGGCCUUAGGUUUCAUCAGAUUGUAUCAUCUGCCAUUGUGAUUGCCGUUUGAUUUUUUUUUUUUUUACUUAUAUUUUUAGAUGUUUUCUUUCCCCUGUAAAUUCAUUUGACCUGUAACAUGCCUGCCAGCAAAACAUACUUGAAAUACACCCACACAUUGUAUUUAGUGCCAAAAGAUGAUAAAAAAAACAGAUGGCAAUGUUAGUUACGAAAUGUCUAAUAUUUUGCUGGUGUGAAUUUUAAUGAUUGAUUUUGGAAAUCCAUGAUAAUUAAGUAAAGUUAAAUAAAAUGUCUGAUUAAUCUGUCAAAUAUAUUUGGUUUCUUGUUAAAUGAUAAUGUGUUCAGCAUUGUUUGUUUGUUUUUUGAAGAGAAGCCCUCUGUUGAAUCAUGUUGAACCUGAGGAUGCAAUAGAUGUGCAACCAUGAAUGUUUCGGGGUGUUCUUAUGAUUUAUGGAUCCCACCAAAAGAAUCCAGGUCCUGUAUGAUGGAAACUAUUCACCCAGCACAUACAUACAAGCAAGUUAGUGGGAAAAU